AUGGCUCUGCGUACAUCUGCCGACAAUGCAGAGGACGUGGCUGCUGGCUUCCGUCUUUUCCGCGACCCUCUGCCGGAGCAUUCAACGGAGAUUACCAGCUUGAUCGCCGAUCUUUAUGCAAUUAGCACCUCCCUCAAGAAUCUUGAAGACUUGACCCGCAAUCGGAACUACCGGCGCAACCUGCACACCGUCCAGCCCGACCUAGAACUGGUUCGGGCAAGCUUGAAGUAUACGCUCGAAGAUGUUGUCGACUUCUUUGGAGACCUGGAGGCGCGGAGAGGCUCCAGCCGUGAGGUCUACAAACGGACAUGGGUUGACCUCUGUACUUUCUUCCGGGAAGAGUCGCAAGACUCACUGUCUACCCGUCUAGCCAAGUAUAAGGCCUUUCUGUCCGAUUUGGAGGCUCUAAUGAAGGGUAAUGCACCCGACGAUCGACUGAUGUCCGCUCUGCGACGCAAUCUCAAAGGUUUGUUGGUGCAGCAGGAAUCCCAGGUUGCGUCACAUCUGGGCUCCCUGUCUCUGAGUUCCCCGUCGUCUAGCAGCAGCAGUAGCAGCAGCAACACCAGUGGCGAACCUGGCAGUCCGGUCAGUGAUCGCAGACCCCGCACCCGACGAUCAUAUGAGCGAGCGCGUCCGUCUCACCUGGGGCCCCAGUCGCCCACCUCCGCUUCAUCUGGCACAUUCUCGGAUAUCCCUCCCUCAGCUCCAGAUGCACCGGGCUCGCCGUCUACUACGACUGCCACUAGUCAAUCGACCAAUUCCAGCGUACUUGGCGAGCAUUGGGCACGACGGGUGUUCUUAGACGAUCACACGCAAACGCCUAUCCCCUAUGUUGGCGAAAGCUCCAAGUGUCUGGGCGAACCCAAGUCCAAUCCGAAAGCAUGGCUUGAUGGCGAGGGAUUCGAGGAGCUUUUACAGUUAGCAUUCAACAGCGAGACGGAUCUCAGGGUAUGCUUCUAUCUACGAGAUGAAGACCACCGUGCACGCAUUGUGUGCAAAGCCCGUCGUUCUGCGCGGUCGAACGAAUAUUUCAUCCUACCAUUGAAUAUGUUGGAGAUCGUCCGCGUCGGAUCCUGUCUGCAGUUGUGCCGGCGCCGUCGUGGAGGCAGCGAACUGGUUCUAUGGGCCAACCUCAAAUUCAGCACCAUUGAGCAAAUGGUGAUUUUCUUCUGCACCUUCUUGGCCCUUCGAUCGCAAGAUUCCGGGCGUCCUGUGGCUGUGGAGAGCAUCCGCGACUACGAGCUGGCGCAAGAGGAAGAACUCUUCGGAGGGCAAAUUGUGGAUGACGAUUUCCUCCAUGCACUGCGUGUUUACCGGGACGAGAUUUCCGGCGCUGUACGGCUCCAGGCAUCGGUCCACAAGGGGGAAUUGAAGCGAUCCCCCGUCUGGACGGCUUUUAUCACAGACCACAUUGGGACUCGCGGCUGGAUUCGCCGUACCGAGCCCAAGGUUGUAGUGCUGAAGGAGAUACGCAGGAGCAUCUUCACGUUCCCGGAUUAUACACCACCUCAGACAACUCGAGGAGAGCAUGUCCUGAAAUUCACCCAUCGUUCGGAUGCGCAAGGCUUUUAUGAGACUAUGAUUGAGCUCGCGCAUGGAUGA